UUUUAAUUUAAAACAUUAUUAUAAUCACACAUAUAGUCCUUAAUGACCCCUGUGCAAGUAUAUAAAUUUUAUUGCUUCAUGUUAUGUAUCAGGCGAGUAAGGUAGCACGAAAUAAAGAUAUAGGAAAUGUACCACAGGCGAUAUCCUAUUUUCCACAAUCUAACAACUAUUAUUUUGUAUAUAUGUAAUAUACCUAUAAAUAUUAUUUACAUGACAAUGUAUAGGAAUGCACCCACACAGGCCUGAAUUGACCACUUUGAUUUAGACCUUAAGAGCUGUAUUUGCGCAUGCAAUUUAGAAAGAGGUGAGGAACAUGAUUGGGAAUCGUUGGGAUCACAACAGCAUUAAAAACUAGAAGAUUUAUGUAAUAUAUACAGUAUUAUAUAUUUUCAUUUUAAGAAAACAAUGUUAUAUUAUGUACACCAUAUUAUAAUAUGUACUAUUUAGUAUUUAAGUAUGGAAACUAUUAAUGAGUAUGAAGACAGCACAUCUAUUGAGAUGUUGGCUCUUGCAUUAGUAAGAGAAUAUUUAAGUCGCAAAGACUACAGGCAUACAUUAAAUUUGUUUGACAAGGAAUCAAAGAAAAAAGAUGCAAGCAUUCAGAAUAGAAGGAAGUUAGCAGAAAGACUUAAUAUUAUUUAUUUGGUUAAAAAAAACAAGGAAGAAGGUGUAAGAACUCUAAAAACGUUUUUGGAAAUGGUUGUCAGAAAUUUAAAAGACAGUCAGAAUGAAGUUGCAUCAGAAUCAUCCAGGCAAUUCCCUGUAUCUACAAAAGCGACGCAGAAGAAUGCAUCAACUAGUGAUUUCGUUAUUGAAAAUUAUGAUGGAAGAAUUACUCCCAUUUUUACGCCAGAUGGUAGAAACAGUCCUGUUUCAUCUCCUCGUAAUAGAAACACGAAAAUACCAAGAUAUACAUACAAUAAUCGUAAAUCGAAAGAAAAUAAUUCAACUCCAAGUGGAAUCUAUGUUGAAAACAGACAUCCUGGUCACGUUGUUGUGCAAAACAGCUUAGAAGAAAAUUUAGAUAUGUUUGUUCACGCAUCAAGGAAGAAAAAACCACCCUCAUACUCCGUACAACCUGUUUCUGGCGUACUGACGAAAAACGUAUCCAAACUAAGAAAUGAAUCGCCUCUUAUAUGUAAUUCUGAUUCAACACAGAAGAGCAAUAAUAAGGUCGAAAAUUUCAGUCUUGAUAAACAUUUAGCUCCGUUACCUACCAACGAUCAUCCCCCAAGCAUGUCUGUUAGAAAUUCUUCAAACGAAAUUUUACAGCUUGACGAUGUAGAUUUUACUGACCAGAAAAUAGACAAUAACAACAACAAAAACUGGACGAACACUUCUAAUAAUAUCCGCUCAAAACCAAUUUCCCUGAAGAUCGCUAUUCAACUCAAAUCACUUUUAUUUGGUUUAUCUAAUGGCAAUUUUAACCAAGAAUGGAAAAUUCAAGGCUUCAAAUUUUCGACACAUCCUCUCUUACGAUACGGUUUAGUACAAGACAAGGGCGGUCCGUGUGGGUUGCUAGCAUGUGUACAGGCAGUUGUUUUGAAACAGUGGCUGUUUAAAGAUCGUUUAGUAAAUGCGACCAUAGUCCAACCAUCAGAGAAAGAACAACAAGAACUGCUCAUCGAAUCAUUUGUUGAAAUUUUAUGGAAAGCGCGAUGUACCAGUGACGUCAUAAUGGCGUUAACUACACCCAACGUUAAAUUUUCUUCCACAAGCAAAUGCAAACAUGACGGAGUGACAGAAAAGUUGCAACUUUUUCACUUUGAUACGACGAUAAACUUAAGAGGUUUCCUUUUAAAGAAUAUUUCAUCCUUCACUAAAAACAAUGGUUGUGUAUUGUUUCUUUACGCUGUGAUUUUGACUGCUGGAGUUGAAAAUAUAAUAAAUAGUAUGGACGAAGCAAAUGCGACAUUGAUCGGUCGUCAUGGUUAUUGCACUCAAGAGAUGGUUAAUUUGUUGUUGACUGGGAAAGCUGUGUCGAAUGUAUUUGAUGGAGUUGUAGAAUUGACUACAAAUGGUGCAGAAAAGUCCGUUUUACAUGGGAUAUCUAAUCGGAGCAACAUCGGAUUUUUAUCUCUUUUUGAGCACUUUGAUUCGUGCAAUGUCGGAAAUCAUUACAAAGUUCCGCAUUAUCCAGUCUGGGUCGUGUGUAGUGAGAGUCAUUUUAGUGUGUUGUUCAGCUUGGUAGAUAUAAACAACCAUGAAAGAAGGCAAUUUGAUAUGUAUUACUAUGAUGGAUUGGCCAAUCAAGACGAAGAAAUCAAAUUAACUAUCAGUUUGGGUUCUGGCAGAAGAGAAUCAUCUUCACGAACUUCGGAUUUAACACCACCACUAGAACAUUGUAUUCGAACUCGGUGGAAGAAUGCACGAGUAUCGUGGAAUGAGACGGAACCGAUUCUAUGACGAAUCUUAUCAGAAAAAAAUUCUUGUUUCAAAUUGUAACGAAUAAUUUUGUCUAUUUUUAACUUUAAUGUAGCUAUAUAAAAGAAGACGACUAACUUUGGAGGAACCAUUAAUAAGAACGAAGAGGAUGAUAAUGACUAAAAAUUUUUAUUCGAAAAUAAAUCUACGCGACAUAACUCGAAAUAACUUUUUCUCUAAAAAUUUUCUUCACGAUCUUUUGUUAUUCUCGGUAAAUUUUUUUGUGGUCAAUAUAAAUAAUGGCCAGCCUACUUUAAGUCAAUAAAUAGGCCUGCAGUAAAUUGGAAUUGCAAAAAGAUUCGUCAAAGUUAUACUCCGCAAAGAACUGUCAAAUGGUUCAUUCGUAGAAAAGGAGUUUCGCGAAAUAUCUCGACAUACUGAUUCGCGAAAAAUAAUUAAUGCGAAAUGAAUGUGUUUUAACCUCGCGGAAAUAAGUCGUUACUGAUUUCCUCAUUUCCCUGAGAAGUACAGGUAACCAGGCAGUAGGAUUAUUUGUUACGUUUUUGCAAAGCUAGUACUUUAACGGAAGAAAGUGUUUAUUCCGCAUAAAGUUAAGUCAGUCGCAAACAGCAAAAUUUUUCAGUUAGAAAUUGUAUCGGAAUUUCGAUUCUAUGACACAAAGUUCGUAAACACGUGUGAGAACAAGGGGAAAUUUUUUUUCCUGCAGAAACUUCUAAUUUUAUAAAACUGCGGAUAUUUUUGCCCGCAAAGCUGUACUGCAAACACUUUCUUUUACUGAAGUAAGUGACUUGCUAAAAGUUCCCCCAAAAAGUGUUUAUAUUUUACACAAAAUAAGUCCAUGUCUCUCGCUUGCCUGUCCUUGCUUGAGAACUAUUUCAUUGGAGAAUAUUUCGUCACUUCUAUUCCUUGAAGUAUAAGAAAUAUUUUUUGUAUAUAUAUUUGUUUAUAUAACGAAUUUAUUUAUUGUUUUUAACGCUAUGUCAUAGUUUCAUGUGAAGUUAAUGAGAGAUGUA